AUGGAACAGGAGAAGCAACGUCCUCACUCGAUGAAGACAUCAGCAUUUGUGGCAAUCGUAUUAGCCACAGCAGCGAUAACAACAUGCCUAAUUUCAUUCCCACUCAUUUUCAAUUAUGUUCAAUCGCUAGAAAGCCAAGUACAGGUGGAACUUGAUUUAUGUAAGAUGCGAACUCGUGAUAUGUGGAAAGAAAUGUUAGAGAUGCAAGUUGGUGGUAAUCGUCCCACAACCUUCCGAGUAUCACGUGCUGCCGUCAUGACCACAGACGCAAGGGAUUACAUCAGAAAACGCAGGCUUCAGCGUCGCCAAGCUGCCGAGAACUGCUGCACUUGCGAACGCGGACCCGCUGGUCCUGCUGGUCCACCAGGCCCCGAUGGGGCAGAUGGUAUUGAUGGCCCAAUAGGGGACAUUGGACCUCAAGGACCAAUGGCCGUUGCGCCACCAGAAAUGCUCAAGCGUUAUCCUGAUCAAUGCACAUGCGAAGCCCCUGAAGGACCGCAGGGAAUACCUGGACCGCGUGGCUCUUCGGGCCAAGUUGGUGAUAUGGGAACAGCAGGAUCAGCCGGUGCACCUGGAGAAGGAGGACCACCAGGACCAGUAGGACCCGCCGGCAGAAAUGGUCAGUCGGGACGCCGUGGUCCCCCGGGUACGCCUGGAAGAGAAAAUAAAGGGCAGCAAGGGCCACCUGGACCUACUGGACCCCCAGGAAGACCCGGAAAUCCAGGACCGCGGGGGCUUCCCGGACCAGGCAAGCCCUCCGAGCUGACCGGAUCCUCAAAGCCCAAUAUGACCCCAGCGCACCACUCUGGUACUGACGGUGAAGCGGGCAGUCCUGGAGAUGCAGGACAACCUGGCAAUAGCGGAUCCCCAGGUCAGCGAGGACAAAUGGGUGCUCUAGGAGAUCCAGGUGAUGACGGUCCAAAAGGAAAGUGCGACCAUUGCCCACCACCUAGACUUGCAUCUGGAUAUUAA